AUGCGCAGCACUAUAAAAGCCAGUGACUGUUCGGAAAGAGCUGAUUUGUACAAAACAGGGCUUGUGGAGCGUAGUCUUUUCGAGAACCACGUGGAUCCGGACGGAUAUCACAGAGGGGAAAAUGCCGAAGGGGACAGCAGUGAUGGGUCGCUGGACACCGCUGAGUUACUCGAGUUAAGUUUCUCGUCAGUCGGUACUUCCGUGCUUAGCAGCAACGACUCGUUGCACAGCAGUGAGGUGGAGGACGAGGAACCGGAUCUGGAAGAAGGCGAACGGAUCAUGUACUCCCAUGGAGCAGGUGAUACAACUGAGGAGAAGGACGAGUGA